AUGGCAAAACAUAAACGCGCAUGCCAUAGUAGCUUAACUAAUUCAAGUGAUGGUUCACAUAGUCAAUUAAAAGUUACAGAUUAUUAUAGAUCAUCCAAUAAUUCCAAUGUACCAAAAAGAAUUAAAGAGAAAAUUAAAAUGGCUUGUACUGAAUUUACGGCCUUAGAUUGCAGGGCUUUUGAAUUAGUUACAGGUGAAGGAUUCUUAAAAAUGGCACAAAGUAUAUUCGAUGCUGGAAGAUGUUUUAAUCAUUUAGCACAAGUGAAUGUUAGUGAGUUAAUUCCAUCUCCAAUAACGAUCAGCCGCAAUAUCGAUCGUUUAUUUGAAGAACAAAAAGCUCAUUUAAUAAAACUAUAAUCACAAACAGCUAGCAAUAUUCGUGCAUUUGUUGAUUCAAAAUUAUCAUCAUUUGGACUAGAUUUAAAUAGUACAAUUUACGUUGUCACAGACAACGAGAACAAAAUGCGAGCUGCAUUUAAAGAACGAUGUAUUCGUGUAGGAUGUUCUAUUCACUUCGUCAACAAACAAUUAGAACACACAUUUACAUCACUUGAAAUUGAUAAACAACCUAUUAAAUGUGAUAAAGCACAACAUCUUUUUAGUAAUGCAAAACGAAUUGUUACACAUGUGCGUCGGUCACAUCGGCAAAUAAAGCUAAAAAGAAAAUUACAGUUAUAUUCAGACACACGUUUUAAUGGUGCAUUUUAUAUGUUAGAAGUUUUUCUUGAUGUUUAUGAUGAAUUAACUAGUGUUAUAAAUAAAAAUUUAGUAGAUUUUUUAGCGGCUAUUGACAAAGAUUUAUUAGAAGAAUUAUGUGUCUUUUUAAAACUUUUCGAUCAAGCUAUUGAUCAAUUAAGUGAUGAAGACAAACCAACUAUACAUCAAGUUAUUCCCAUUCGACAGUUAUUAAUCAAUCAUUGUGAAGUUAAACUUGAUGAUAGUGACGGACUUAAAGAAGUAAAACGUUUUGUUGGUGAACGUAUAAAAUCGAUUUGGAUUCCUCAAGAUCAGCAUUAUAUGUCCACCUUACUUCAUCCUUCGUUGAAACACUUUCACAUAGCACCCCAUGAAAAAAAUAAGGCAAUUAAAUUAGUUAAACAAGAAUUACUAAAACGUUCAUCAGUACAAACAGUUGUUGCUGUUACUGAUUCAACAGCAAUAACUUCGGAUACAUCAACCAUAUUAAAUGUAGCAACACCUGUUCCUUCGAACGAUUUGUUAGGUCGUUGUUUCGAUCAACCUCAACCAGUUGUUAAACAAACAAAUGAAUUAGAUGAUUAUAUGGCACUAGACACACAGCUUCAUGAACGAGAUGACGUGCUCUUAUUCUGGAAACAAAAUGUUACAAAAUUUCCAAUAUUAUCAUCAAUUGUACGUGAUCUCUUUUCCAUACCUGCUUCCAAUACCAGCGUCGAACGGUUAUUCUCGUCGUCAAAGAAUACUGUUACCGACAGACGAACCAGUUUAGCUGCUGAAAAGAUUAACAAAUUAUUGUUCCUUCAAAAAAAUCUUGUUUCCUUAACAAAAAUAAAUGAAGAAAUAUCAACACAAAAACAAGAACAAUCGAAACGAAGAUUAUCAGCAGCUAGUGAUGAACAAAUGUUAGUCGUCACAAAGCCAGAACAUUCAACAGCAACAACACCAAUUAAAAAAAUUAAAAAAGCUGAUAGCUGUGAUUAUUCUUCAGAUGAUAACAAAGAUCUCAUUAACAACAUUAUAUGA